AUGAAACAGGCAACGACGGCAGGCACAUCCAGACACAAGACAAAAUUCUCUUUUAAUGGGCAUUAUCAACAUACACUCGACGCUGAUGGUGAAAUCCAUGGCGGCCCAAAAUCACGGGCGCAUCCUACGCUUAUAUAUCUCCAUUUGAUAAUUUGUUCCACAAAACACUCCCAUGCACGAUAUCGCGGUACGCUUCUGCUCGACGUGGCAGCCCACACCAACGCUCCGACGCCGUUUAGCCAUGGUGCAAUCGCCGUGAGUAUCAACCUUCCAGUCCCACCGACUCAUUGA